AUGCCCCGCAGACAAAGCAUUGCUGAGGAAAUUGAGCGCCUCUACGGACGACGUCCUCAGCCGCCUUACUCGCUUGGAAACCGAGAUGGCGAGGAAGGACCCCAGCUCGAAGCCGCUCAGCGGCAGCAGAGGAGCUGGAGUGCCUUGGGCGAGCCGAGGGCCAACGUCCAGGAGGUGCUCAAGAGGAUUCCCAAAAGAGUCGAAAGCGAAGGCAGAUCCUCGCAGCUCAAUUCAGGGACGAAGCAGAGUCCAAAGGAAGCGGGAUGCCCCGCAGACAAAGCAUUGCUGAGGAAAUUGAGCGCCUCUACGGACGACGUCCUCAGCCGCCUUACUCGCUUGGAAACCGAGAUGGCGAGGAAGGACCCCAGCUCGAAGCCGCUCAGCGGCAGCAGAGGAGCUGGAGUGCCUUGGGCGAGCCGAGGGCCAACGUCCAGGAGGUGCUCAAGAGGAUUCCCAAAAGAGUCGAAAGCGAAGGUGCUUGCCUACGAUUAUGCUCCCGCUAUUUCGGGAGAGCCUCCGGAAAUUGUGUGGAGGCAAUGUGAACAAAUUCGCCUUGGACAUGGAAAGGAAGAUCUAUGA